AUGGGCAGCCUGCUGAGCGGGGUCAGCUUCAAGGAGCCCACCACGGUGGAGGACUGCGACUCCACCUGGGAGACCGACUCAGAGCCCGAGGCGGCGGAGCCCGGCGGGGAGCCGCGGCGGCAGGAGGGGGUGUGCACUGCCGCGGGAGGCGGGGAAGAGCCGGGCGAGCUGCCGGCCGCGGACUGCCGGCCCCAGGAGCCCGCGCCGUCCCCGUCCCUGCCGCCGCCGGAGGAAGGGGAGCGGGCAGAGGCGGACGCCACCAGCCCCGAGCAGAGUGGUGAUGGAACAGAGCUGACAGCCAAGCCAAAGAGAAGCUUCUACGCAGCAAGAGAUUUAUACAAGUACCGACACCAGUAUCCACAGAACUUUAAAGAUCUUCGAUAUCAAAAUGACUUGUGCAAUCUUCGCUUUUACAAAAAUAAAAUCCCUUUUAAACCUGAUGGCGUUUAUAUUGAAGAAGUCCUAAAUAAAUGGAAAGGAGACUAUGAAAAACUGGAACAUAACCACACUUACAUACAGUGGCUUUUCCCACUGAGGGAACAAGGUCUGAACUUCUAUGCUAAAGAAUUAACUACGUAUGAAAUUGAGGAAUUCAAGAAAACAAAAGAAGCAAUUAGAAGAUUCCUUUUGGCUUACAAAAUGAUGUUGGAGUUUUUUGGAAUAAAACUAAUUGAUAAAACUGGAAACGUAGCACGAGCUGCUAACUGGCAAGAAAGGUUUCAACAUUUGAAUGAGUCUCAACACAACUACUUGAGAAUCACUCGAAUUCUGAAAAGUCUUGGUGAGCUUGGAUAUGAGAGUUUCAAAUCUCCCCUGGUAAAAUUUAUUCUCCAUGAAGCUCUUGUGGAAGAUACCAUUCCCAACAUUAAGCAAAGUGCUCUAGAAUAUUUUGUGUAUACUAUUAGAGACCGAAGAGAAAGGAGGAAACUGCUGAGGUUUGCCCAGCAACAUUAUACACCCUCAGAGCAUUUUAUCUGGGGACCCCCAAGAAAACAGAAGUCAGAGGGAAGCAAAACAAAUAAAAAGCCAGCAUCUCCAAUUUCUAGUCACAAUAGUUAUGUUUCUAAGCAUAAGAAACCAAAAGAGCCCAAGAAUACAUUGGCAAGUGGAAGCUCAGCUGGUAAAACAAGUGAAGAAAGAAAGGUAGAACUCACAAAAAACAGGGAAGAAAAUGACCAGGACAAACAAGAACUGAACUGUGAUGAUGUUAGGCAGAACAACAGUGAAAAGAACAGUGAUACUGAUACCGGUCAGCUUUCACAAUCAGAAGAAAUUCAUGAUUCUUCAGACAGAAAGGAGGACGCUUCUCAUUCCAAAAAAGAUGAUGAAAAUCUGAACAAUGACUGUGGAAAUCACCCAGGCACUAUAGAGAAAGAUUUAUGCGACACUGAGAAUUCUUCAAAUAACAUGUCAGCAGAUCUACAAGAUAACCUUGAUAACGAUACGCUUUCAGGAGGAACCACCACAAAAAUCAAGGAUGAGCUCAAAUCAUGAGUAUGAGGUUAAAAAUCAUUACGUUUCAUAUUGAAUGAAGCAAAUUAUUCAUCGCUCCUUCAUUUUGGGUGACAUUUCCUUGUAGUGUAGUAUAAAAUGUUCAUGAGACUAUGCUUGUUGCAAAUGCAUCAGAUUAGGCUUCUGUUAAGUUAAUGAAUUUUAUUUUUUUCAACCUCAGUUUAUCAGCAGUCAACCAGGUGUGGCUUUUUAAAACAAUCGUGUAUAUUCAAAGCUAAGAAAUUCAUUAUCUUUUCCAGACAGAUUGCAUAGAAAAGCUUUUUUUUUUUUUGCCAUUAAAUUCAUCCAGUAUUUUUAAAA